GAGACCGAUUCUUUUGACGUUCUAGUAAUAUAAGGCGAUGUUGCCGUUUCUUUCUUUUAAAAAACAGCUUCAAUUCGAAGGCGAUUGACGCUUCGACAGGGUCAAUUUUGGGUCGUGUUAACAGAAUCUGACCGGUGUGUGGAGCAGACGAGAUAAAAAUAUUGGAAAUAUUCCUAGUGGAGGAUUCCAUAUCGCAGAGGUAACAGCAGUGUACACGGGCUGUGAGCGUACGGCUAUUGAUCACGACUGCUAGUCCACAUGGCGGGCUAAUUAUUGUGUGUGAAGCUGGGCUACAUGCAAUACCUCUAUUAGUUACCCAAGUGCUCCGUUCCACGCGAAUCCACCAUAGGACGAACAAACCCGCAGCCACGAGAUUCAUUUGGUCCAGUCUUUGUGGAAGAUGUGACAAAAUCGGUUGUUCCUUCCUUCCGUACAUCUGGUCAGAAGGAAACGAGAGCGGUAUUAAUGUUGUUGUUGAUGUUGAUGAUGUGUUUGUAUUUCUUCUAGAGUGUUCUAAAGGGAUUUAGUGAUUUCUUCUGAUAUUUCGAUAGGAGGUUGUGUUGUUUUUCUCACUACAGGACAAGAAAAUUUGUCGUCUGUAUAAAUGUGUUGACACAUUAUGACGUGUCGUGUUACUGCUUCGGCAACGAUUCCAUUCCAGUUCAUUGCGAUUUGACAACAGUAGAUUAUUGUUAUUAUUAAAAAAAAUUGUGGAUUUGUAUUCAUCAUAUUUUUUCUUCUGAAAUAGUAAUGUCACAGAUCUGUAUGCCACACAUGUCAUAUUGUCUUUAAAUGUACGAGUGCCGUCUUAACUGGGGAACGCAUUCGAAUGAUAACAUGGUCGAGAGAAGACGUUAGCUGGAGCCCAUUCGCGUGAACACUGAUCUCGUUGGAGUAAAGACGAAAGCGCGCGCAUUCGACUGCAGACGGAGGUGGGUCGGAUUUGAAUAUAGGCGACAGGUGGAGUAAAUAUGAAAAUUGGACGCAGUCGACCGAAGACGACGUAAUUCAAAACAGUGAGAAAACGAGUGGAUUAACGUAUUCAUCGACGAAAAGAGUGAAGCACGUAUUCGGGCGAGAACGUGAACGAUACAAGGUAGGAUCCAUUUGAUUUAAGUUCAAGAGAGAGUCGCAUUCUAUUUAAGUCUAAAAAACGGUACAAAUUCAAAUUAAAAGCAAUAGCGGCACGCAUUUCGUUGACGAGAACGUAUUUGAUUGAUGUUCCAGAGUAAAAUGAAUUUGAUUUAAAGGGCCGCAGAGAGCAGGACGAAUUCGAUUUGAAUUCUAGUAGAAGACGUAACGCAUUGAACUCAAACCUUCGAGACAGCGGGGACGACGAAUUUGAUUUAAAUUCUAACGCAUUCAACUAAAAAAAGAGUUGAGACAGUGGAAGGAACUCACUUUAAAUUCUAAUAGAAGACAUAACGCAUUCAACUCAAAACUUCGAAACAGCGGGGACGACGAAUUCGAUUUAACUUCUACUAGUGGACGUAACGCAUUCAACUAAAAAAAAAACUUCGAGAUAUCGGGAGAACGACGACUUCGCUCGUGAAGACGACGACGAGGGCGGCGCGCAUUCGAGAGCAGGCGGCGAGGCGACGAUGCGGCGGCCGAGAUGAAGAAGCAGAACGUUAGGACUUUGUCUCUGAUCGUCUGCACGUUCACCUACCUGCUGGUCGGCGCCGCCGUCUUUGACGCGCUCGAGUCAGAGUUCGAGGUGGAGAAGCGGAAACUACUGAACAAACAGGAACUCGACAUCCAGGGCAGGUACAACAUCUCCGAGCACGACAUGCAGAUUCUCCGCAAGACCAUCAUUAAGAACGUGCCCUACAGGGCAGGCACGCAGUGGAAGUUCGCCGGCGCCUUCUACUUCGCCCUCACCGUCAUCACAACGAUAGGUUACGGCCACAGCACGCCGCAGACGGUAGGCGGGAAGAUCUUCUGCAUGUUCUACGCGCUGGCGGGGAUCCCUCUCUGUAUCGUGAUGUUCCAGAGUGUCGGAGAGAGACUCAACACGUUCGUCACGUUCCUGCUCAAACAGCUGAGGAAGUGUUUCCGAAUGAAGAGCGCCGAGGUCUCGGAGACCCAUCUCAUCAUGGUGGCCAUGAAUCUGUCCACCAUCAUCCUGACGACGGGCGCGGCGGCCUUCUCCUACUACGAAGGGUGGGAGUACAUCAACUCCCUCUACUACUGCUUCAUCACGCUCACCACCAUCGGUUUCGGGGACUUUGUGGCGCUGCAGAAGGACAACGCGCUGUCGUACAAACCGCACUACGUGGCGUUCAGUCUCAUCUUCAUCCUGUUCGGUCUGACCGUCAUUUCCGCCGCCAUGAACCUUCUCGUUUUGCGGUUCUUGACGAUGAACACGGUGGACGAGCGGAGGGAGGAGCUGGAGGCUGCUGCGGCUGCGCAGGGAGCGGCGAGACUCGAAGGUGACGUCAUAACGUCGAACGGACAGGUGGUGUCCGGCGCGCAAGAGGCGCCGGAGUUUAACGAUCUUAUUUCCGUGUGUUCGUGUUCGUGCUAUAAUCUCCGGGCUAAAACGAAGCCCAGGUAUAAAGUGACUAUGGCCCCCAGUAAGAUAGCUCACUUGUUACCCAAGACCUCGCAGUCCAGUACGAAGGAGGACACGCAGAGUGCAGUAGAGGAGUCCAAUUCGUUCUUACAGUCUCAAUUCUUUUACCAGAAAAGAGCGUCCAUUUGAAAUUCCGUACCUUUUGUGAGGGAUGCAUUUUGUUGUUCGAUAGGGUUGUGCUCAGUUUGUGGCAGAUUGUAUUGCAAGAUUUAGACCGGAGUUCCUCGAAAGGUUGUGCUCAAUUUGCAACAGAUUGUAUCACACAGUUUAGACCAGAGUUCCUCGAAAGGUUAUGCUCAGUUUGCAACAGAUUGUACCACAAAGUUUAAACCCGGAUUCUAUACAGCUCACGUCGAAUGUUUUCGGCAAGAAUGUGUUAAAUCUGAAGCACAUCGUGUGCAAUGUUUUGGACCGGACUUAAAUCAGUUUUCAGCAGAAUGUAUUACAAAGUGUAGUCCCUGAUUCCAUAUGGCUGACGUGGGAUUCUCUCGCUAUGAAUGUGUCAUAUUUGAGGUACGCGGCAUUGAAUGCUUUAGACUGAGUCUACAGUCAGUUUGAUGAGUGCUGUGUUAAAAUCUGUAGACAAGGGUUAAAUGGGUUUGAGGCAUAUUGUGUUGGACGGUGUAGACAACGAAAACAAGAUGUCACUGAGGAUGUUUAGAUCAAGAUAUAUAUGUUUCAUUCUGUCGUUUCAGGUUUGAGCAGCAGUGGUAUGAAAGGAUGGAUCAGGAAACAAAAUUAAUGUAUUAAAUUGAAGCAUAUUGUUUAAGGAAGUUUACACACGGGACGAUUUCAGUGAAGUCGAUGUCAGGCAUUUUGAAUACGGAGGUUUAGACCAGUAACACGUCUCAGUAUUUUGACGUUUAAAGUGUACUGUAUUGGGAAAUUUAGACCAGCGGUGUGAUCAGUUUUAGCCAUACUCAAGAGAAGGGUAAAGACAAGCACAGACUGGUAAAUUCUUCCAGUAUGAGCAUUACACAUUUAAACCAGACAUGCAGUCAGUUUAAGAAAUAUUCCAGAACGAAAUACACCAUGAAUAUAUUCAGUUUGAGGCAUAUGUAGAAAGAGAUACACCGUGAACACGUUCAAUUUGAGGCAUGUUAUGUGGAAAGAAGUAAACCAUGAACAUGUCCAGUUUGAGGCAUAUUAUGUGGAAGGAAGUAAACCAUGAACACGUUCAGUUUGGAGGCAUAUUAUGUGGAAGGAAGUAAACCAUGAACAUGUUCAGUUUGAGGCAUAUUAUGUGGAAAGAGAUACGUCAUGAACAUGUUCAGUUUGAGGCAUAUUAUGUGGAAAGAAGUACACCAUGAACAUGUUCAGUUUGAGGAUUAUUAUGUGGAAAUAGAUACGCCAUGAACAUGUUCAGUUUGAGGCAUAUUAUGUGGAAAGAAGUAAACCAUGAACAUGUUCGGUUUGAGGCAUAUUAUGUGGAAAGAGAUACGCAUGAACAUGUUCAGUUUAAGGCAUAUUAUGUGGAAAGAAGUAAACCAUGAACAUGUUCAGUUUGAGGCAUAUUAUGUGGAAAGAGAUACACCAUGGACAUGCCCAGUUUGAGAUAUUAUGUGGAAAGAGAUACGCCAUGAACAUGUUCAGUUUGAGGCAUAUUAUGUGGAAAGAGAUACGCCAUGAACACGUUCAGUUUGAGGCAUAUUAUGUGGAAAGAGAUACGUUUGAACAUGUCCAGUUUGAGGCAUAUUAUGUGGAAAGAGAUACGCCAUGGAUAUAUUGUAUUAAAAGAGGAUUAGGUGAUUACUUUAACAAUAUCCAACUAAUGCAUAUUAUAUACGAAUGUUUAGACCAUGCAUAAUUAAUAUUAUAUUAUAUUGGUACAUAUUGUACUGGGCUGCUUGUUACACACGUGUCUAAAUGGAAUUAUAUGUGAAUCUUGGUGUACCGAAGGACUAGAAAUGAGGAACAUGUCCUCAUUGAACGUAACGUAUUUUGGCGGGUAAUUCUUCCCGAGUGAACAAAUACUGAUCGCCUUUCGUGUUGCAUCUGUGUCUCGAGUGACGUUCUCUGCCUCACUGAAAGUGUUUAUGUUCCCGGGGUGAAUAACUUGAGCAAUUUGUAAGUUAAAAAAGAAAAGAAAAGAAAAGAACACCAGUAAAUACUGAACGCGGUUUAAAAGUGCUUACAUGUUAUGGGAGUUCUGGUACCAGAGUGUGUACGUAAUUCUGUGCAGGAGUGGCUGGCUCUUGGUAGAAGUGGUUGUACGUGGUCGUGGACAAAAAUGCUUGUACGUGGUUUGACUCAGAAAUGCUUGUAUAUCACUGAUUGUAAGUGUUUGUACAUGGUUUGAGUAAGAAAUGCCUGUAAGUCACUGAUUGUAAGUGUUUGUACAUGGUUUGAGUAAGAAAUGUUUUGUACAUCACUGAUUACAAGUAGUUGUGCAUGGUUUGACUCAGAAAUGCUUGUACGUCACUGAUUACAAGUGGUUGUACAUGGUUUGAGUAAGAAAUGCUUGUACGUCACUGAUUACAAGUAGUUGUGCAUGGUUUGACUCAGAAAUGCUUGUACGUCACUGAUUACAAGUGGUUGUACAUGGUUUGAGUAAGAAAUGCUUGUACGUCACUGAUUACAAGUAGUUGUGCAUGGUUUGACUCAGAAAUGCUUGUACGUCACUGAUUACAAGUGGUUGUACAUGGUUUGAGUAAGAAAUGCUUGUACGUCACUGAUUACAAGUAGUUGUGCAUGGUUUGACUCAGAAAUGCUUGUACGUCACUGAUUACAAGUGGUUGUACAUGGUUUGAGUAAGAAAUGCUUGUACGGCACUGAUUACAAGUGGUUGUACAUGGUUUGAGUAAGAAAUGCAUGUACGGCACUGAUUACGAAUGGUUGUACGUCAUUAUCAUCAGAUUGGAAGACUUGUACGUACAAGUGCUUGUACGUUUUUUAGACAGUAAAAUAAAUAGAUGGUGUUACCUAUGAUUCCGGAAAUAAGAUGUAUUGUUAACGUUUUGUUCAAAUGGAUUCAGGACAAAAGGUCGUGAGCUAAACUGAAAUGAUUUGUUUGUGAUUGUAAAAGGAUUGUUCAUACGCUAUUAUCUAAAAAGGACCCCACACCAAUUGCAUGUGAUUUCACAAAAGAUGGAUUGUACUUUAUUUUUCAAUAUAAUUAAUCGCAUGUUAUUUAAGAAACGAUGUGUUUACAACCCUGAACAGAACGAAGUCUGUACAAAAUUUAUUGUGCGUGAUAUGAAGAUGAACUGUGCUUGAUAACAGAAAGGGUGAAUUUUUUAUACAGGAAAACAUCGCUAUUUCCAAGUUGAAGGGACAACACCAAAUAGUUCGAGAUAAAAGUGUUAUCACUGAUAUUUAAGCCAUGAGAUAAUUAAAUUUCUCGACCUCCAGAUAUCGCGUGUUCACGAUAUAACAGAGUUCGAGAUAUCGAUGUUUCACUGUACAUGUGGAAUUAAAGAAUGUACAUAAUUGUGACAAAAGGAUGUAUAUGCAUUUUUUUUUUAAAAGAGAUCAAAAAAUGGUAUGCAGGAGUUUACGUCACAUAUGAUUUGAAGACAUUUUAAAUUCAGAUUAUGAAAAGAAAUCGAAAAAGGAAAAGAUACAAGAAUUGUACGUGAUUGAGAAAUGAGUGGCCACAUGUAAUGUUAAAAAUGAGCACAUCGUUCGUUAUUAAUUAUAUCGACUAACAGUAUCGUACAGAGGAACAAAAUGUACAUAUAUCAUACGUAACAGUCACAUGACGAUAUAUUUUGCGUGAUGUUCAAAUGAAAAGGUAUCGUACGUGAUACGGAAAAAUACUGUACGUGAUACGGGAAAUACUGUACGUGAUAUGAGAAAUACUGUACGUGAUACGGGAAAUACUGUACGUGGUACCGGAAAUACUGUACGUGAUAUGGGAAAUACUGUACUUGAUGCGGAAUAUAAUGUACGUAGUACGGGAAAUACUGUACGUGAUAUGGGAAAUACUGUACGUGAUACGGGAAAUACUGUACGCGAUAUGAGAAAUACUGUAUGAAGUACGGGAAAUACUGUAUAUGAUAUGAGAAAUGCUGUACGUGAUACGGGAAAUACUGUACGUAGUACGGGAAAUACUGUACGUGAUACGGGAAAUAUUGCACGUGGUACGGGAAAUACUGUACGUGAUAUGGGAAUGAAGGGGUAGCUUACGUUGUAUUGAAACAAUUAUCGAACGUGAUUGAUUAAAGUGAUGAAAGAGUCAUGCCUGGCAUCUGUGCA